UCCCAAAUUUCCAACCGCUGUCAAACACAUUCACACACUUUCUCUACAAUACUACCGAAAGCACAAAAGCCAAAACACAACAGCGAGUUUUUCUUUUUCAUUUUCUUGACAAAUGUAGCUCAAAGGUCAUAAAUUUUACGCUUUCACUCUUUUAACUUUCAAAUAAAGCCAUAAACUUUACACUUUCUUUCCCUUCCUCACCACACCCCUUUUAUAUACAAACACUUUCAUUCACGAUUCUCAUUUGGGUUCAUCCAUGUCUUCAGAUAUAAGCUAAAAAAACUCUCUUUUUUAAAACCCAUGAAAACUUGCAAUUUUUUCAAUGCUUGUGAUAGUUUUGUUUAUUGUUGCAAUUGUUCCUUCUAGAAGCUUCUGAAGCAUUGGAGUUGAGUUGGAAGGUUGGUGGGAGGAGUUUGGAGCUGUGAUGGGGAGGGAUAGGUUGUUAUUAGCAACGGUUGGUCCGCCAUUAAAACGGCGAGCUGGGUUGAGAAGGAAACAAGCUGGAAGAGGGUCUUAUAGAGGAAGCUAAAGCAAAGGUUGUGUUUGGGAGGUGAAGGGUUUUUUUGUUGCUGUUUUUGUUGUUGGUUUCUUUUUUUUGGGGUGGUGAGGGGAGAGAGUGGUUAAAAAUAAUAACCCUUUAUUCAGAGGGGGGUAAAUUUUUGGUUAUUUGUGGAAGAAGGAGAAGAAGAUGAUGGGUGCCAAUUUACAUCAACUACUAAGAAGCCUAUGUUUGGAUACUGAUUGGAAGUAUGCUGUCUUUUGGAAGCUACAACACUGUGCUAGGAUGAUCUUGACAUGGGAGGAUGCUUACUAUGACAAUCUUAAUAAUUGUGAUUCUUCCCAAAGUAUGUACUGCCAGAAGAACAUGGAUCAGAUCUGUGGCAGGAACUUUUCAAACGACCCUUUAGGAUUAUCUUUGGCAAAGAUGUCAUAUCAUGAAUAUUCCUUAGGGGAAGGAAUUGUUGGACAAGUAGCUGUUAGCGGAAAACAUCAAUGGAUCUGUGCAGAUAAUCAACUUACAUGUUCUAGCCCAUCUUUUAAGCUUGCUGAAGAAUGCCAAUCUCAGUUUUCUGCUGGAAUUAGGACAAUUGUUGUUGUAGCGGUAGUCCCACUUGGAGUUGUUCAACUCGGCUCUUCAAAUAAAGUUAGUGAAGACAUGGGGUUUGUCACACAUAUCAGAAGUCUCUUUUUGUCUACUUGUGAUCAAACAUUAGGUUACCUUCCAAGUCAAAUCCAAAGUGUGAAACAUGACACACGGAAAACCAUGAUGGGUGAAACACCGGAUGGUUUAAUGCCCUUCCAAUGUCCCGGGAAGAACUACUCACCUCCUACUGUUUAUCAGAAAAUGACUGUUGAUGCCAGGCACGGAGGGCUUGAAAUUACUAGCGACCAAAGUUCCAUUUUGCUUCAGUCAAUGUCAAAUAUGAUGACCGCAGAGAAUCGGAAACUAGAAGGGGUGAAACCUUCAAAUGAAAGGAAGUGUGAAGGGAACAAUAAUAGCUUCAAAGAUACUAGUUUGAAAUCAGACAAAAACAUCUCAUCGGUUUUACAAAAUUCAGUUAUGGAUAAUAAUAGUGUUAGAGCCAAUGUUAGAGCUGAUACUGAGAUGUCAAUGUUUCAGACUGAGUCUUAUUACGAGGAUAUCUCGUACACGCUGAAAUUUCCUGCUGGCUAUGAGCUACACGAAGCACUUGGACCAGGUUUUCUGAAAGAGAGUAAAUAUUUCGACUGGGCGGUACAGGGAAAUCAAGAUGCUGAGAUGUCGGAUGAGUUUAGCUGCAGCCAGUUGACUAGUGAAUCUCGUCCAGAGCAUCUUUUGGAAGCAGUGGUGACCAAAGUUUGCCAUAGUAAUAAUAUUGUUGAUAACGAGUUAUCAUUUUCUACAUCCGUUCAGGAUGCAAUGGUAUCCGGAAGAAACCCUGAAGUUCCUAUUCAUAAUGUUCGCACUAUUAACUCAGAAGGCUAUUCAAUUGAUCAGCCAUCUCAUGUUAAAGAGAACAAGCAUAAUCGUAGUUUCAGUUCAUCGGGAAUAUGUGGUGUGAUAUCCCCCAAAAGCUUUUCUUCUGCGUGUCCUAGUUCGUGUAGUAACCAGUUUGAGAGAUCUUCUGAACCAUCUAAAAACAGCAAAAAGAGGGCUAGGCCCGGGGAGAGUUGUAGGCCUAGACCAAGGGACAGACAACUGAUCCAAGACCGUAUUAAGGAGUUACGAGAGCUGGUACCAAAUGGAGCAAAGUGCAGUAUUGAUUCACUUUUGGAGUGCACAAUAAAGCAUAUGCUCUUUCUCCAAAGUAUAACUAAGCAUGCUGACAAGCUAAAUAAAUUCUCUGAAACAAAGACAAAGUUGCAUGAUCACGUGGAAAAAGACAUUCAUGGAACCUCUGGUUAUCAACAGGGUUCAAGUUGGGCAAUGGAGGUAGGAGGUCAUCUGAAGGUGCACUCAAUAUUAGUAGAAAAUCUUAGCAAGAACGGGCAGAUGCUUGUUGAGAUGCUUUGUGAGGAGUGCAGCCAUUUUCUUGAGAUAGCAGAAGCCAUGAGAAGCUUGGGCCUGAAAAUUUUGAACGGUGCAACUAAAGCUCAUGGCGAGAAGACAUGCAUAUCUUUUGUGGUUGAGGGACAAAACAACCGAAAUCUACAUAGAUUGGAUAUCCUAUGGCCCCUUGUUCAAUUAUUGCAGUCAAAGAGCAUAGUGAAUGCAUGAUAAAUGUUUCAUUCUUGGAAAGUUCCAUUUUGAUACCAAUUUCAAGCAGGAUAUAAGUGUGUGAAUUCUCCAUUAUUCUAUCUUUUUAGUGUUCAAGUUGGAUUGUAUAUGUUUUACCAUAUGUGUAAAGUGUUUGAAAUUAAAAAUACUUAUUAUGUUUCAACUAUAUUGUUUUGUGUUUA